AUGGAUAGGCGACAAUUCGGAGGGUCGGUGCAUCGCACGGGAUCCGACACCACUGCGAACCGCUCUGCAUCGAGCUCCGACGCGCCGGUUCAUCGCACGGGAUCGGCUGUCGUUAAGAAGAAGAAGCUCGUUCAGACUCGUCCAGUCGCAUCAGGCUCAAGAUCCCCCCAACCUGGCUCUCCCCGAGCCUCCUCUCCGAAGCAUGGCCCCGCUUCACCCAAGCCUCUCAUCCUCCACUCGUCCAAAGCCGCACCUCCCUCAGUCCCCACCCACAUGAUCCCCUUGGACACAGACGAGCUAUCCCCCUACCCGUCUUCUGGCUUCCAGAGCCAUCAGCAGCAGCAGCAGCAGCAGCAGCAUAAGGCAGGUACCUCCUCCUCUGCUUGGUUCACCAAGGAAGACGCUGAUGACAUUCUUGGCGCUGCGGGGUUGUCAAGCGGGAAGUUUCCCUCGGGAAUUGCUGGAAUCGCGGCUGUAGCGGCUCAACUCGCCCGCGCUGCUACAGCCGCGUCCCCCCCGCGCCGGCCACCUGGUGGGAGGGAAAGCGGGCCGGAAAGGGAGAGAUAUGACCCUGAAAAGCAGUACCUGACUCAGCCUAGUGGUGUUCUGUCUGGGUUUAUUGAAAGGAAGUUCAAAACCCCGCCCAAGCAGCAGCAGCAGCAGCAAUACCAGCAGCAGGCACAUGGAGGUGGUUUGGGGUUCGGAGGAACAGGAGCAAGUCCGGAAUUUGGUGUUCCGAAGCGAUCAGGUUCAGGAACUGGCCGAGCCAUCCUAGGCUUGGGAGUGUCUCCUGACCGCCCCUCCAGCUCCACCGGCCGAUCCUCCAGCUCUGGUGGCCGAACCGCUGGUGCAGGUCUGGGUGCUAGUAGGGGGAGCGGUUAUAAAGGGGGCGGUGGCUGGGGGGGGAGUGAUAAAGGGGAGGAGGACGAAGGGUGGGGGGCAGAGGUUGAGACAGAUGAGUGGGAUAAGAGUAGCACGGGUGGGUGGGAGGGACUAGGGCUAGAAACUGCAGUGUCAGUGAAGCCCUCAAAAGGUGUUACUACCAGUAGCACUGGUGUUGCUAUUAAUAGUGGUGUUUCCAGCAGCAGUGGUGUUGCCAGUGGUGGUGCUGCUGGGGGUGCUGCUGGUGGUGCUGCUGCUGCUUCUGCUGCUGCUGCUGCUGGUGCUGAUGUUGAUAGUGACGAUAGUAGCAGCAGCGGAGGUUGGGAUAAUUCUGAUUGGGAAUCUCUAUCCCCUGUAGCUGCCACUGCUGCUGGUGGGCAUGCCGUGUCUUCUUCUGCCGCUGGAACCUUUGCUCCAGUCACACCAGACACAUCCUUACUCAACGGCUUAGCAACUAAGGGAGAGGAGGGCGCUGCUGUGCUGAGAGCAGAUACUGCUGGUGCUGGGGCAAGCGUGGGGCAACAGCAUACUCCUGGGCUGCUGGGUGCAGGGGAAGGAGGAACAGGGCAGCUGCUAGAUCAGAGGAGAGAACAGGAAACGCAGGGAGAAGGUUUGAGAGAGAGGGAUGUGGGGAGGAGAGGAGAAAGUGGGAUGGAGAGGGAGGGAGUCGGGGAGGCUGCAACUGAGGAAGGUGGUACUGAGGACGGGGAUAUAAGGGUUAGUGGGCGGGUAGGGCCUCGUGGACGGGGGAGGGUUGCGGGCAGGGUGGGGCAGGAUGGGAUGGGGAGAGGAGGCACUGGACGGGUGGGUGUGAGAGAGGGCGGGAUUGGAGUCGCUAGCGGCGAUGCUGUUGGUUCUGCUCGUGCUGGCACCGCUGGUGCUUAUGCUGCUGGUGGUGGUGCUGCUGGUGGUGGUGUUGGUAUGAGAGGCACUGGAGCUUCUACUGGCGUGGAGGGUCCUGAUGACACUGUGCCAGAGGAUUCGUUAAGAGGUGACCCGGUAUUGGAAGCAGCAGCUAGGCUUGUGGGAAAGCGAUCCAGAGCAGAGGACGAGGAGCUGGAUGGAGAAGGGGCAGCGGAAGUGGAGGUGGAAGCAGAGGGGCAGGAUGAGGGGGAGAUAGCAGAGGGAGAAGGGGAGGCGCUAAGGGAGGAGAGAAGGGGAGGAGACAUGGGGAGAGGAGACGAAACGGGAGGAGAAGAGAGGGGAGGAGGCGAGAGGGGGGGAGAGGAGAGGGGAGAGGAAGAUAUUGGAAGGGAGGAGAGGGGAGGAGGUGAGGGUGAGGAUCUGCAGCAGCAGCAGCUGCUGAGAGAGCGAGAGAUUGUGAAUCAGGGAGUUGUCGUUCCUGAAACAACCCCACAGAGCUUACCGUACAGUGGGACUGGCAGCAGGGCUGGUGGGAUGAUUGGGGGAGUUUCUAGUGAUAGUGAGAGAGAAGGGGUUUGGGACGGGCAGGCAGAGGGUACGUUAAGGCAGAAUCAGGAGCCGCUGGGGCAGGCACAGGGUGUGCUUGGGCAAACACAGGGUGCAGCAGGGGAAGCAGAGGGCGAGAGGAGUGUGGGCAUAGGGGAUGGGGAGGAGGAAGAGGCUGGGGAAGGUGGCAGUGGCACUAUUGCUGCUGCUGCGGACGGGAGCAUUGAUGCUGCUGCUGCCGACGGGGGCAUUAAUACUCGGGUUUCUGGUUCUGAUGAUGGCUCUGGUUCCGGUGCUGGUGCUGGUACGGGAAUUACUGCUGCUGGUGGUGUUGCUGUUGCUGGUGCUGCUGCUGGUGGUGCUGGUGCUGGUGCUGGUGCUGCUGCUGCUGCUGGUGGUGAUCUUAGUCGUGAGAUGGGAGGAGGGGACGUGCAGGGACUGGAAGCUGUGCAAGAUGAUGCAGAGGGGGAAGAUGAGCGGAGGGAGGGAGGCGGAGAAGGGAAGGACGAUGGGGGGGAGAAGGAGGAGGGUGAGGAAAAGGAGGAUCAGGAGGAGAAGGAGGGGGAUGGGGAGAGAGAGCGAGAUAGAGCAGGGGAUGUUGAAGGAGAGGGAGAGGAGGGUGGAAGCACGGAGGGGGAUGGGGAGGGGGAUGGAGAUGGGGAAGGAGACGGGGAUGGGGAAGCAGGUGUGGGGAUGGGAGGGGAGGGUGAUUUGGAUGGGGGAAUGGAGGGAGAGAUGAGGGCGGCUAAGAGAGUGCAGAAGCUGCUGAGGGAUGUGCCUCUCUCUGAUGACGUGGCAGUGGAUAAAUCAUCAUCAUCUCUGCCUGCAUCCACCUCAGGUCUGCCCACAUCCACGUCAGCAUCAUCCACUUCACUCCAAGCACGGUCACAGCAACAGAAUCUGCUGACCAAGCCAGCCUCCUCGCUCCAUGCUGCCACUCCUGUUAUUUUCACUCCCGCCAUUGCAACUCCUGCUAUUGGAACUCCUGCUACCGUUACAACUACCUCUGCUCUGGUUACUACCAGCAAAGCCAUCCUUUCUCCCAGCCCUUUGGUUACCACAAGUAGCACAACAGGGGCCACAGCAGGAACCAUGGCAGGAGGAGGUAGAAUGGGAGAGUUAGCAGGAGCACUAGCAGGUGCAGGUGCUGUGGAAAUAGCAGGCAAAGGUAUCACAGGUGGAGGUACAUCAGGUGGGUUAGCAGGGACAGCAGCAGGUGUAGGUGUUGGGGGAAAAGCAGCCACAGGAGGCACCACAGGAGGAGGCACAGGCGUAACAGCAAGGACAGCAGCAGGUGGAGGUGUUGUGGGAACAGCAGGCACAGGAGUCACAGGAGGCACCACAGGCGGCACCACAGGUAGCACCACAGGAGGAGGCACAGGAUCAGUAGCAGGGACAGCAGCAGGUGGAGGUGUUGUGGGAACAGCAGGCACAGGAGGAGGCACAGGCCCCUGCAUCCGCGCGCCGCUCCCGGAGGUGGCGGAGAAUCUCGCGGGAAACGAGACUGCCCGCGAAAAGCGGCGGCGGCAGCGGCUGCUGCAGGAGGAAAACCCUCUCGUACCGGUGACGUGUCGCCGAUUGGAUAAAUUCCGCCGGAUUUUACGGAUCACUUUAAAGGAGGCGCCUCUAGACGGGAUAGGGCAGCGCGACAAGGGGUGGCGCAAGGCCCGAGACAGCAUAGAGUGGCGAAAAGGCACAACGUACCUGCAGCCUCUGGACGCGGAUUGCCUCAACAUCGCAUCAUUCUUUGGCAAGGUGGGUCAGCUCCUUCUGAUCAACAAUGCCUCCAAGCCCUCCUUACCCCACGCUGUGGAUCGCUUCAUGUUCCCACGCGCCCCCCAGCUGCUGCAAGCGUUGCAAGCAGCGGGCAGGGACAGCUGGCACGUGGUGGUGCUGAGGCAGCUGCUGGGGUUAGCAGUGACGCCAAUACUGGGAGAAACGGCCCUCAAAAAGGCCAGCAUGGCCGCUAGGAGGUUUCUUGGCACUGAACCUCUAGCCGGAGGCCUGGUUGAAUUCGAGCCAGCAUUCGAAGCAGCCUCGGAAACCCGGCCUCUGUGCUUCGGAAAGGUGGUCAUCCCGGGGAAACUUAAAGCCAUAACUUACCCCGGUGGUCCUUCAGAAGCCGAGAUGUUUAAAGCCCACCUCGGGUCGUCCCUCGGCCUGCCCAAUCCGCCACUGCCACUUGGCGACAGCCCCAGUGUCCGCGCCAAGCCACGCGUGCAGCUACUGUUCAUUCGGAGGAACAGGACGAACGUGGGCGGGCGGCGAAUUCUGGACGAUGGGAGUGAUGGGGCGUUGUACGAUCUCUUUUAUGACAUGGGUUUUAAGAUCCGCAGGGCGGAUUUCACGCGCCUGUCCUUCCGCCAGCAGUACGAAGCCGUUCUUAACGCAGAGGUCAUCGUGGGGGUGCAUGGCGCCGGCCUCACAAGCGCCGCCGCUUUCGCCCGAAACCGGUCCGUCGUUUUGGAAAUAAUGCCGCACAACACGUUCAACCCGCGGUAUUAUUUCAUGGCGGUCCAGGCUGGCGUGAGUUAUUUUCUGCAUCAGCUGCGGCCAGGUGCCAAGCAGCCAUUGGACGAGGAGUUUGAGACGCUGACGGUGCGGAAGUGCUCCAGUGUUCCCGAUUGUCGCAAGUAUUUCUAUGAGGAUCGGCUGGUGAAUGUGACUAAAGAGGAUUUAGAAGAUUUGAAGGUGCUUUUGGGGGAGGCCCGGACGUUUGUGCGUCAGGCUCGGUGGAAUUUGAAUUGGGCGGGAAAGCGACUGAGGUCACGAUACGAGACACUCUGCUCUGCGGGGAAGUCGAGGGAUAUUGGAUGCCGCAUGGAUUUGAUUCGCUCGCCGGUGGCCGAUGUGAAGACGGAAUGUGUGAUGAAGAUGGACUGCUUGACAGUCAAGCCUAUGUUGGCGGAUGACCUGGACGACAUCAUGUAG